GUCGAUCUAUCCACGCUGGUAUCGAUUUGGGAUUCAGCUUUCUGCUUGUGUUGUCUGCUGUGUGGUUUGUUGUCAUGGAUACAAUUAUUGGUGAAUCUCGGCACAUCGACUCAACAUAGGAAUGUAGUAAUCGGAUCACUUUGAUGAAAACUAGGUCAAAUUUCAGUUCAAGCUUUAGUGUACUCCUUCAUUAGAUAUCGCCAAGCCUUUGGCUUAGUUUCUUUGAGUUGUGUGGUUUGUGCGUCCGUCUGCUUUGGAGCUUCUGCUGGAGACAUGGAUCUACAAGAAAACAAAGGAGCAAAGCUCUUUCAAGAUUCAGUCCACGAUGUUAUGCGGUUCCACAAAUUAAUUGUCAAAUUUAUUGACACCAAGGAGUUUCAAAGACUCCGCAAUAUUAAACAGUUAUCGACCACUUAUUUGGUUUACCCUGCAGCCGCUCACAACCGCUUCGAGCACUGCCUCGGAGUUUGCUAUUUAGCAGGAGAGCUCCUUUCUAAUCUUGAGGAAAACUCAAAAAAUCUAUGGAACAAAAUUUUCCCUGUUGCAGAAGAGUGGAAAAAAAAGAAAUUGGCUGUCCAAAUAGCUGGUCUGCUGCAUGACCUGGGCCAUGGGCCAUUUUCACAUACAUGGGAAAAAUUUGUGCUCUCGGCCACUGGAGAAAAGUGGGAUCAUGAAGCUACAUCAUGUGCCUUGAUAGAUGAAAUUAUUUGGGAUGGUGAAAACAAGGAACUCACAGAGGUUGGAAAGUGUUUCCAAGAAGAAUUUCAUGAUGUGGAAGAGUAUGUCCAAUUUAUUAAAGACAUAAUUAGAGGGGAUAAAAUUAAUGACAUCAUCAAAGAUGGUAGUGCCUCAGAUAAAAUAAAGGCCUUCCUCUACCAGGUGGUGGCAAACAAAAUUAAUGACGUCGACGUUGAUAAAUUUGAUUAUUUUUUAAGAGAUGCCCAGCAUCUCAAUAUAGGGGUCCCAUUCAAUUACACAAGACUAAUCAAUUUGUGUAGAAUAGAGAUAGAGGAUGGCAUAAGCUAUAUAGCUUUCCGCGAUUGUGAAAGCUAUAGUUUAAAGGGCCUGUUCAGAACUCGGGCAGACCUUCAUAUACGAGCAUACCAGCAUAGGGUUGCCAAAUGCUUGGAGACGAUGCUGGUAGAUGCACUUUGUGCAGCAGACCGUGAAGGGUUCGAAGUUGGGGGUUUUCGAUUGUCUCGAGUACAAGAGUGCCCACGUCUCUUCAUAAGAAUGACAGAUUCUAUUCUGGAGACAAUUCAAAACAGUGAAGAAGAACCAUUUAAAAAGGCGAGAGCCAUAAUCAAUAGAAUUGUUACAAGAAAGUUGUACGAAGUAGUUGGGGAAUGGGUUCUGGAUGUGGUUCAGACUGAAAAUGACAUACAAAAUAACAAGCCACCAUCUGGAUUGGAACAUGAAAAACUAAUUGAGUUGGAAAACAAGCUAGGGACAAAAUGUGCAGUGACACAAGUAUGUGUCAAUAUGGGGAAGUACUACAACCCCAUGAAAAAUAUGAGGCUUUAUGCUAAAAAUGGACGCAGAGACAUAUUAGAUGAGAACACACCAUCUAUUGUGAUGGAUUUACCUUUCUACAAAGUUUAUGUAUUUAAGAAAGAGCAAGAGAACACUGAUAAUGAGGAGAUAAAAAUGACAGUAAAAGAGUUCCUGAUAGAACAAAGGGUCUACAGAGAGGGAAAUGAAUAAGCCCUACAACCCCUCUCCAUCUCUCUCUCUCUUAAAAAUAAAUAAAUUGUAUUUUGAGAAUGUACUCUACUGAAUAUCUUUAAAAAUGUUCUUAACUAGAAUUUGCUAAGUGAAAAGGAAUGAAAAAUAUUUCUCAACAAAUUUAAACUUGAUGAAUGUGUUGUUUUAACUUUAAAUAAGAUAGUGUCCUUUAUAUAUUUAUGUUAUAGUAAUAUAUUUGUUUUAUGAUAGAACAAGAACCAAAGAGGAAUUAUGUUCCUAUCAAUAAACUUUCUUGAUGUUGACUUUGAUAC